CGGCAGCAGUUUUUUCUUUCUUUCUUUCUCUGAGAGAGGUGAAAGUUAGGGAUUCCCCAAACUACACACUUCCCCAAAUAAAAUGGGAGGGGAUAGUAGGCUGCAUAUGGUAUAAACUCUGAAACCCAGCUACAAAAACAGAAGAACCAUGCAACACUACGCGGAAUUAAUCCUAUGCUUUGUCACAUUAGCUGUGACGCAUGGUGUCAAACAUGAGAUACUCUCCUUUAGCGGCGAGGACGUCCUUUUGCGCUGUGCGGCGUCAUCAGAGCCCGACGUCCAGUAUCGGUCGGUGAUAUGGUACAAGGUUAUUAAAGGUCCUUCCCGGCAGUUAACUGGUCUUAUAAUGAAGAGACUGACUCAAAGCAAUAGCAAAGUUGAAAAAUAUAAAAACGUUGAACGAGAUAUAGAGUUACUUGAGGACUCAAAGUACCUUCUUCUGCCCAGUGUGACUACAGAAGACAGCGGUAUAUACAGCUGUUUCCUUUCCGCUCCCCUUGGGUAUCAGAACCAGGAAGGCGAAGUGCAUCUAAAGGUCCAUGAGCAUCCUAAAGUAGAGGAAACGCAAUCGACUAAAAACGAUACAAUUUAUGUUAUGGUGGCUAUCACAGUACUUGUGUUGGCACUCCUCAUGUUGUGCAUAAGCUAUGUUUGUGUUAGGAAUGUACCCCAAGGCAGCAAGAAGCUCACAAAAGACUUUUGGCUGAAAAUGCCUCAUCAAGGCAAGAAAUUAAUCGUCACUUUGCAGUCCAAAAAUUUGGUUUGCAAGACCUUACCUGAAGUCUAUGUGUGAUAGUAGAGUCAGUGCUCAGAAGAAAAUGCGCAAAUCUUUCCGGAUGGGUCACCAACAGUGAACAGAGCAAGUUCUGAAGAGGACUAUUCAGGACAGAGCAAAGAGAGUGCUUGUACAGUUACCUACACAAGUUUGUAUCCAAUGGUCAGAAUGUGGUAAAAACAUACAUGCACGAAAGUUUCAACAUCAUCAACACCAUCAUUUGAGAAAUGCAUCUUUACAUCAUGGAUGCUGAAGCAAGACAAAAACGCACAACUUUGCUGUCUUGAAAUCUUGCAUGCUUAAUGGAAGUUGCUUGUUCCUGAGUAUAGACACCAUGAAAGUGGAAGAGGAGUGACCUUGUGAUAGGAUUAUGCUGAAUGGUGUGAAAUAAUAGGAAAAUCCCUUGUCAAGCACACCUAAACACACCAAAUCAUUCAAACUAUAGAUUAUAAACAAGAGGAAAACAAGAUAGAUUUAAACACAUCUUUUUGACAUAUUUUAAAAUGCUGGGGGAAAAACUGUGCCUCAUAUGACACUAUUCUGUGUAUGAGCAGGACUCAUAAAUUUGAAAAUAUUAUUUUUAUAUUCAUUUGAUUAAUUUAUAAUGUUUAUGAUGCAUUGUUAUCGUACACA